GGACCAUCUCCGGCCCGAUCUGCCUACCAGUCAAGAAUGCGCGCCAAUGGAGCACGCGUCCUCUCUCUCUCUCUCUCUCUCUCUAAUAAUAUGGGUUUGCGGGAUGAAGAAGCGACAUACUCAAACACCUUCUUGCCAGCCACCGCCGCCCGGAAACCCUAGCCAUGGAUACUGCCUCCGCUGCUGGCGCCUGCGGCGAUGGCGAUGGCGAUGACGCCGUCAUUUCUCCUAUAAACUCGAAUUUCGCUGCCCUUGCCUGCAGAGACAUUCUCCGCCUCAUCUUUGAGAGUCUGCCGGUUGUCGAUCUGGCACGCUCGGCGUGCGUGUGCCGGUUGUGGAACGCUGUGGCAUCGGACAGAGAGGUGGUGACCGGAGCCUUCAAGGCACCGUGGAGAUUGAAGGAGGUUAUUGGGAGUCCUAACUCCGGAAGCUUCUGGAGAGACAAUAGUCUCACUCGGUUUGCUAUAUCUCAUCGUCUGGUGCGUGGUGACACUGUUGCUAGCCUAGCCGUCAAGUACUCGGUUCAGGUUAUGGACAUAAAACGACUAAACAAUAUGAUGAGUGACCAUGGGAUAUACUCAAGGGAGAGGUUGUUAAUCCCCAUAAGCAAACCAGAUCUCCUCAUCAAUGGCACAUGCUACAUAGAGUUGGACAAAUAUGCAAAAAGGGAAGUGGCAGUGCUGUACCUGAAGGGUGGCCCUGAUCAAAAUCUCAGCUGUUUGUUGAAUGGGGCAAUUUCUGAUCGAGGCAAGAAGAGGAUUGUUGACUCCUUGAAGAGAAGCAUGCAAGUUGAUGAUGGAACUGCCCAGUUCUAUUUGUCUAUUUCAAACGGUAACCCACGGGUUGCUCUGUCUGAAUACUCCGAAGAUCUCAGGUGGGAGAAGGGGCUGACCUGACCUAGUUUCAAAUGCAAAGAGGAUGGUGGGGCUUGGUCUGUUCGGAAACUGAAAAUAAAUUGUGAGAGCCUGACUUUCUCCUUGUGUAUCUGCCAUUUUAGAUUCCCAAAGUCCAUUUCAAGAGCACUGCCAACUCUCCUCCAUCACAGCGAGAUAGUGCAGGAGAGAUGUGUAAGAGAUUUGUUUAAGCUUUCUUUGUAAUUCAUGUGUGGUCCCAUAGUCAAUGGGAAUCCAACUGAACUCUAGAAAGGUCUGUGAGUGUUGUAAAUGAAGUUUUUAUUUAAAGAAACAAGUGAGAAGCUCUGUUAGAAACUUAGAACUGCAAAUUAGGGUUACUGAUUACUCUCUACUUGGAAAUCUACGGUGUCAUUUCUUAGGGUGGA